UGUGUAACGGAGCUCAAGAGCAAACAGCUUCUGUCUCUGCCGGUGGGGGUGUUAGGUGCGGCCCAUCUUCCUCAGCUUCACCCUCACGCUUCAUCUGCGGACGGGCUAAGGAGAGCCCGGCCUGCCCGUGCCGCCGUUCCUGUUCCCCUCUCCCUCCGCACUGUGGGCAGUCCCGCCGACUCGGGCGACAGCUCAGAGCUGCCGGAAAUCGUGCCAGAGCUACCGGAAGUCGUGCCGGAGCUACCGGAAGUCGUGCCGGAUCUACCGGAGGUCUCGCGUAGACUGCGCCUGCGCGCUGGCCUCAGAGCUCCCCGUCCCCCGCCGUCGCCAUGCCGAAGGUGGUAUCGCGCUCCGUCGUCUGCUCCGACACCCGCGACCGCGAGGAGUACGACGAUGGCGAGAAACCGCUGCACGUCUACUACUGCCUGUGCGGGCAGAUGGUGCUGGUGCUGGACUGCCAGCUGGAGAAGCUGCCCAUGCGGCCGCGGGACCGCGCCCGGGUGAUCGACGCCGCCAAGCACGCGCACAAGUUCUGCAAUGCCGAGGAGGAGGAGACCGUCUUCCUGCGCAGGCCCGAAGGCAUAGAGCGGCAGUUCAGGAAGAAGUGUGGCAAGUGUGGAUUACUGCUUUUCUACCAGCACCAACAGAAGAAUGCGCCGGUGACUUUCAUUGUCGAUGGUGCUGUGGUCAAGUUUGGACAGGGCUUUGGGAAAACCAACAUAUAUACUCAGAAGCAAGAACCUCCCAAAAAGGUGAUGAUGACCAAACGGACCAAAGACAUGGGCAAGUUCAGCUCUGUUACUGUUUCCACAAUCGAUGAAGAAGAGGAGGAGAUCGAAGCAAGGGAGAUUGCAGAUUCCUAUGCACAGAAUGCAAAAGUGAUUGAGAAACAGCUGGAACGCAAAGGAAUGAGCAAAAGAAGGCUACAGGAGUUGGCUGAGUUGGAAGCCAAGAAAGCCAAGAUGAAAGGAACACUGAUUGAUAACCAGUUCAAAUGAAGCACUCCACAUCUGCUGUGUCUUUGGAGACAAAUGAAGCGACCAGAAACUAUGCAGGUCUGUCAGCAAAGACAGCAUUCAACAAGCUUGGAAGAUGACUCUCUCUCCGGUGUAGUUGGUACUCUGCUAUGAAUUUCAGUACUUGGAACAGCACUAGAAACCUUGUGGAAACUGAAUCUCUACACAAUGGCAAGCUGUUGCAGCCAGAAAAUCUUUGCUGGGUGCCUUUGUGAGUUCAGUGCACUUUUAAGUACUUGUCUUUUCAUUUUGAUGGUUUUGAAAUGUGUAAGAAACCCAUAAAUGUAUUAGACAGGUCAACUGUAUAGCAAAAUCAUUACAGAAGUGAGCUUUGUUCACUGGGAUAAUUUAAAAUGCAUCCAAAACAUGCAGCAUUCUUAGAGGCGUGCCAUUUCAGGGCAGGCUGGAAUGGCUCAGGAGGUUUGGGGCUACGAGCAGCAGGCAGGCUGUUGCAGGUAACCAGUACAUGCUUGGCCAUGGCUCUAAUUCUUAGCCACUGUUGAACACUGGAAAACUGCAGCUGUAUGGAAUUACACUGAUGGCUAUGGGAACAUGAAAUCCAGCCCUGUUUUAUACUGCUGAAAACAAAACCUGCCAGAGUAUUACACCUCCCAGGAGUAUAAAUGUGUUGCUGGAAAGUACUGAUGUGACUGCUGAUCAUUGAAAGCAGAGUUCACUUGCAUCUCUGAAUUCAGCAGCUGUUGGAAUUGUAGAACAAGAAGAAAACUGUUUUCAAUACAUUGACACUUAGAGACUUGGACAAAGACAAUGUUAAGAAUCGCUGCAUGAAAUAACUUGUUUGGGAAACAGGUUUUUUUAAUCUUAUGUGAUGUAAUAACAGUGGUCCCUAGCCUGUGUCACUGUUACUUGGGAUUAAAUGCCAUUUAGUGGAUCUGAACUAAAA